GUAGCCCUUUGUUUCAUCAUAUAAGAGACUUAAAUAAUUAUCAAAAAAAAAGGAACCAAAAUAUCCUUAGUAAUUUUAAUUUAAACAUUUAGCUCCUUAAUUUUCAACGUAUCAUAAUGGGGUUUGCAACGGCCAAGGAUGUUUGGUUGGCUCCCAUGCAACGAGAGUGGCCUUUGUUUAUUUCAUUCGUCACUUUUUGGUUUUGUGCACAAUUUGUUUCUGGGAUCAUACUGCGGCGCAUCAUUCCUGGAUGGAAGCGGUUCUCGAAAUCCGAUCAGAGGGAACUCAAGCAGCGAUUAUGCAGCGCCCUCAAUGGAAUCAUCAUGUUCGGAAGUUCAGUAAUUUUCAUUAGUAAUCUAUAUCUUCUCUCCUUUAAAUUAUCAGAGAAUCUGUACCAGGUCGUAGAUUUUCCCAUUUUUGCUAUUUACAGGGUUGCAAUUGUGGCUUACUUCACCUGGGAUGUCGUGGUUUGCUUCAUUGACAAUUGGUCUUGGGAGUGGAAGAUUCAUGGCAUAUGCAGCUUAAUAGGUGUUUAUUGUCUUUGGUUUCCAUUUGCAGACGUUUACGCGGGGUUCUACACAGGUUGCUAUGAGAUGACCAACUUUUUUUUUCACAUUUCUAUCAUGCUUCGUAUGAUUGCCUCAUCUAACGCAGAAAAUCCAAAGAUUCACCUUGUAUGCAGUAGGUACGCAGAUUGGUUUGAAUAUAUCUUUGCAUUUUUAUUUGUUCUUAUUCGUUGUGUACUGAGUACCGCAUUGACGUAUGUAUUGGUGAAAAUUGUACUCAGAAAUCUAUACGAGGAUAUUCUUAAUCAAGGCACACUAGGCUACGUGCCGCGUUCGCAUGAUGAGCUGGCCUGUGUGUUGUCCACUGUAGGGCUCUGCGUAAUUCAAUGCAUUCAGUAUUUCUGGCUGCUGGAGAUCAUAAAACGAGUAUUCAAAAUGUUCUCUGCAUCGGGGGAACAUAAUAAAAAUGUAACUAAGCAAAUUUAA